AUAUAAUUAAUUCGCGUUUUCAGAAAGUUUAUCUGAGAGACGUACCGCCACAAUCGACAGCGAAAGUAUCGUAUCAAUGGGACAUCCCGAUCGUGAUGCAGGCUGAGGAUAAUCUAAAUUUCCAUGAUACUAAACCAACCGUGUGGUUGAGAAAAGAGAUCGUACCAAAGAACUUAACUAUGUUGGACCUCACUAACAAAGACAAUUUUAUCAUUGUUAAUCCCGAAGAGAUAGGAAUGUUUCCGGUAAACUAUGACUCCUGCAAUUGGAAGAUGUUGUCGCAGUACUUGCAAGGACCAAACCGCGAGAGGAUACCUCCGUUAACGAGAGCGAAACUGCUGCACGAUGCAUGGAACUUGGCGUAUGCCGGCGAAUUGUGCUUUGGCAUUGCCAUGAACAUGACUCUCUUCCUAAAACAGGAAAAGAGCCACGUGGUUUGGGAACCGGUGUUCACGAUGAUUCAUCAUGUCGGUCGGCGGAUCGAGGGAUUAGACGUGAAUUUCAAAUUCGAGGCUUACAUCCAAAGCUUGCUGAAGCCUCUCUACUUGGAACUUGGCGAGAAUCCGCAACCUGACGAACCCUCUUGGAAAACUCAUAUGCGUGGUCUUAUGCAAAAUUUCCUCUGCCGAACUGGAUAUGAACCUUGCAUUAAGGAAGCUAGGGAUCAGUUCAAGAAAUGGUUGAUCGAUGAGGAACCGGACAAAGGAAAUCCAGUCGCGAAUAAAUUCCUGUGCCCGGUGUUUAAAUGGGGCACCAACGAAGAAUGGGAGUUUGGACUGCAACGCGUCAUAAAUUUCCCAAAGACCAGCUUGGCGAGAAAACAGAACGAGCGCACCUACUUGCUGAAGACUCUUGCCGGAUGUCCAAAGGAUGCGAAUAAGAUCGAAAAGCUGUUGCAAGUAUCCGUGCUGGAUCAGAAUGAGAACUUCACGGAUGCGGACGUCCAACUGAUCUUUAGCAUGUUGACCGGCAGCGCGACCGGCUACAAGACCCUGUUUAACUUCCUGCAUGAUCACUGGUAUACCGUGAAGGAGCGAUUCCAGAACAAGACCUAUCUCUGGGACGGCAUUAUCAACUCCGCCACGUCGUCGUUCAACACGCAUGAGGGCUACGACAUGGUGAGCCAGCUCUACGUAGACCAUCAGAAUGAAUUCGAAUCGGCGGAUGCCAUCAUCAGGAAGGCGCUCAGGAUCAUUAAGCAGGAGUCUAUUAAGUGGAACGAGGAAAACGUGCCGGUGAUCGACGCCUGGCUCAAGGAAAAUCUCUCCAAGGAAGACUUGGAGGCGAUCGCGGCUGCGACGUCUAUCUCCACGACCGCCGUACCGACAACAACAAUUAGACAGCUGGAAGCGAUGAAACUCGCGAAGCAUGGAUGAAUGAAUGAACUUGAAAAUUCGGAAUUUUGAUAUUAAUAACCCGUGUAACCUAUAUUUUUUCAACUGCACUGAAACUCGUUUCUUACUCCUUUUUUUUUUUUUUAAACGUAAUAAUUAUAACGGUACCUUUUUAGUUUGCUUGAUGAAUAGAUAAUAGCAUCGCAAUAACUUUGUUCUCUUAUAUCUAAUGUUUAUUCGAAUUGAUGGUGAGUUAUGCAACUCAAAUACGAUAUGGAAAUUGUGUUUCUGAGCGAGGAGGACUGACACGGUAGCGUAAUUAAAACACGGCAAACGUUAACAUCGCGGAGAUUUCCCUAUAGAUAUACAUAUAGUAAAUUAGAAAUACUGAAAUUUUUAAAAUAAUAUUGUAUUACAUUUUAUAAAUAUUAAAUUUUUAUUUUUGUAAAACUAAGGAAAUUCGAUAUUGCUCGUGUGAUGUAUUUAUUUCAUCGACACAAAUGGUCAAAGUGUUUUUCUCAGGUAAAAAAUGGUACGAAAACAUCACUCGCAUAAACAAAAAAUAAUUUAGUUAGGAUUCAAUGUGUGUAAAAUUGUUUCGAUAAAUAAAACUAUUGUAAUGUAAC